AUGUACCUGUCCUAUGAAACCCUCCAAGAAAUAGACAUCCCGUUCUAUUUCGAUACCCGUUUCCCCGCAAACUCCACCUACAAGAGCUUCUUAAAUACGAGGGCCACUCGCUCCAUCUUCCCGGAAAUCGAAACAUCUAACCCUUCUACCAUCCUUGGCCCUGAAGACAUUAUUAACAUCAUGGCCCGAUUAUUCAUGAUUGCGGCUGUCCUUGCUGCACCGGUAGUCUCAACGGCCGUGCUACCCCGUAUUGUUGGCGGAGCAAAAGCAGCUGAGAAACAGUUUCCUUCUAUCUUCAGUCUUUCUAUAGAUGGGACUCAUCAAUGUGGAGCUACACUACUCGAUUCGAAAAAUGUUCUUACGGCCGCCCAUUGUGUCGCGAGCAGCAAAGGAGUCUUUCGCGUCCGCGGAGGAACCACGACUUGGAAGAAGGGUGGAAUAGAGGUUAAGGUGAAAGCCGUAGUCCCUCACCCACAAUGGGACUCUCAAACAAUCCGCAACGACAUUGCCCUAUUGCACUUAGAAACACCUAUUUUAGAGAGCGAUUCAAUCAAAUAUGUCAAGCUAGUGUCAGCAGGACAUGACCCUGCUCCAUCCUCGAGAGGGACCGUAGCAGGCUGGGGAUUGAUGAGCUCUCAAGCGAAAAAUAACUCCGAGGAUUUAAAUUUUGUAACAGUUCCCGUCGUCAGCCGUACUCGGUGCCAGCAGAUAUACACAGGGAGAUCCACAAUUACAGAAGACAUGUUUUGUGCUGGGGAAAAUAACAAAGAUGCAUGUCGGCAAGACAGUGGAGGCCCGAUUCAUGAUACUAGAACCAACGAGCAGAUUGGAAUUGUGUCGUUCGGUGAAGGAUGUGGUGAUAAAGGCUAUCCGGGGGUAUAUACGAGGAUUGGUAGCUACAUGGACUGGAUCAUGUCCAACCUUACCCCAACUUGA